AAACAAUCAUUGCGCAUUUGAGAAUCCAACACUACCAACAAGGAAGCCAUGAAGGCUCUCUCUGAGCUCUUCUAUCAGCUCUACACCAAGAUGAUAGUCCUUCUGACAUACAUGCUAAUAGAUCUUAUCCUCAUCAUCAGGUACCUGAAAUCAGAUACACCUCCAAUUACCACCACCCAAUUCCUCAAUUUCAUUGAAGAGAAGAACCCCACAACUAGCUACACCACAAGGCUGAAGAAGGAGGUAGAACAAAAUGUAGACCUCGAUUCCGGGACACAACGGCAACUGCAACCGCGACCGCAAUUUAAAACCCUGGACUGUAGGGUGUGCUUAUCUGAGUUUGUGGAAGGGGAAAAGGUGAGGAGCUUGAACUGUGACCACACAUUUCACAAGGAUUGCUUAGACAAUUGGUUCUUGCAGGAGCAGUUUUGUGCUGCAACAUGCCCUCUUUGCAGGAACAAAGUGUUGCCAGAUGAUGUUGUGGCUAAGUACCACCACCACCUGGUCCAGAAUCAGGUGGAAUAUGAUGAGAAUGAUGACCAGCUCUUUGUUUUGUUAUCAGUGAUAAGAGGUGGCAGCACUUUGCACAGAUAUCUGUGAGUCAGAUCAUUCUUCAGGAUAAUAAAUGUGAGGCUUAGAGCAAGUUUCUUAGUUGUACAGAGGGAUUUGUUCUUCCCUUUUGGGAUCCCUCAAAAGUAUAUUCUUAGAUUUGUGUACCUAUUAGUCUUUCGAAUUCAGUGUUAACACCAUGCUAGUCUUCUUUUUUACUUA